AUGGGGUUUAGGCGCCUACAUGAGAUGAAUAAAGCUCUUCUAGGAAAGCAGGCUUGGAGGUUGAUUUCCAACCCCACGAGUCUAGUGGCACGUGUGUUUAAAUCACGCUAUUACCCUGACUGUGACUUUUUUGAUGCCAGGGAGGGGAGCAAUCCGUCCUACAUAUGGCGGGGUAUGUUAGCAGUAAAAGAGUGCUUGAAGGAGGGAUGUAGAAGGGUAAUUGGCGAUGGUAAUGGGACUAUCAUUGGCAGGGAUCCUUGGCUACCAGUGGAUGAAAAUCCAUUUAUAGAAACGGAGCUGCAUCAGACAGUUUAUCAGGCCCCGGUGUCCUCCUUAAUGAAUUUACAUGUAUUCGUAAGCCUUGUGAUCAGUGGUUUUGGCAAUGGGAGCAGAAAGGAGCGUAUUCGAUUAAAUCUUGUUAUAAGCAGCUCACUUUGGUGCCUGCAAGUGAUCGCCCUUGGGCGAGUAUUUGGAGUUUGCAUGUCCCUCCAAAGACAAGUUCAGGAGUCGGCCAUGCACCUUUUUGUCCAGUGUGGGGAGGCAGUUCGGCUUUGGAAUAAGCUAGAAAUGUCGCAUGUAAGUGCCUACGAUGGUAAUAAUCUUGGAGAUUGGGCGUUGCUGUUUCUGGAUUGUUGGGGAAAUGCGAAUGAGAAGCUGCCAGCUGGUGUUGCCCACUCAGAUUCGCAUGUUGUGGAAGGCUGGGCAAGGCCAUCACAUGGGAGGCUAAAACUUAAUACAGAUGCUGCGCUAAAUGUUGAGGAUAAUGCUAUGGGUUUUGGAUGGGUCUUACGUGAUGAUGUUGGAAAUUUUCUGGCUGCCAAGAAUAUAAGAAUGCCCGGGUUAUGUGCGGUUAGGGAAGCAGAGGUGCUAUCUAUUCGGGAGGCAUUGAGUUGGUUAAGGGAUACAGGACUGGGUGCGGUGGAUGUGGAAACAGAUUGUCAGGGAGAUAAAAUGCAUGAGAACCAACUUUGUAACAAAAAGGUCAUGCGCACAAUGUGUUCUGUAAUAUGCGAUUUUAUUCCGACUAUUGCCGCUCACUAA